AUGUCUGUCUCUAAUUGUGAUUUGCUCUGGUUGUACUAUGCCGGAAUCCGAAACUCAACAGCAAAAUCUUUGUGUGAAUUUGAAGAGAUAUUCGUUCCUUUUUCAUUUCAUAUUCUCAGUUAUUCAUCGGAAAUUUCAGUUUCAAGCAUUUUGAUAAAUAUAGUGCAUUUUUUCAUUCUAACUAGAAAAUCAAUGAGAACAUCUUCUAUCAAUAUAUUAAUGGCUGCUGUUGCAUUGUUCGAUAUUUUCACAUCUUUAAUAGAAAUUCAAAUAUUAUUUGAACGCUACAGCUUUAUUUUCUUCAGUUGCUUUCCAGAAACAUAUGGCAAAGUUUUAAAUAGACAUCUUCUCCAUUUACUUAAAGAUUAUUCAAGAAGAUGCUCAACAUGGCUUAUGGUUUUUAUUGCUCUAAUUCGAACACUGAUGAUUCGGAAUCCGAUGAGCACCACGUACGAGUCACUGGGAAACCCAAAAGCAUCCCUGUUUGUAAUUGCUGGAAUUUGUACAACAAGCCUGCCCAUUUCAAUGUUCAAAUUUUUUGAAGUUCAGUUUGAAAAGAGCCCGAGCUACCAUACUUGUGCUCCAAAAGGAACGUAUUACAUUGCUACUAUGUCACACUUUUUCAUGAAAAACCACGGGUUUCUAGCAAAAUAUUAUAAUUUGUUCAAUUCAAUUGUGUCAGACAUAGUUCCAUGUAUACUGCUGCCAUUCGUAACUUUAUUACUUGUUAUGGAUUUAUGGAAAACAGCUAAGAAAAGACCAAAUAUUAUUUCUGUAAGUAAGAGCAAUAUUUCUCGGAGCAAAACCGGAUUAGUCUUCUGCGUAACUAUCACGUUUUUCAUUGUCGAGUUUCCUUAUGGAUUGAGCAUUGGGUUCUCAUGGAUGUUUCACAAUGUAUUAGGAUUGCAUCGCAUAGUCGCAUACUUUGGACACAUUUUUUCAAUGUUAAUAACUUUAAACACUUGCACUCAUAUGAUUGUUUGUCUACUUCUAUCUUCCCAAUAUCGAGGGUCAAUGAUUGACGUCCUGUCAUGUGGAUACAUCAGUCAGAAGCCAAAAGUAGCGAAAGGGGCUGAAGUCAACUCAAUCAAUAAUAAUAACAUUGUACGUGGGCCAUUUAUUGUUACUCAGCAAUAG